AUGAAGAUAAUAACUAUUUUGGUGAAUUUACCAUUGAUUCUAUGUUUAACAUCAUAUAGAUGUCCUAAUGCUCCACCUAAAUCAGCUGAUGCACCGAAAAUUCCAGAAUUACCAUUAAGUUUUUACACGAACGUUGAAAUAAAUGUUGUGGAUAAAGAUUACACGAUAUCAGCUGAACAAAGAUUGGAUUAUGAGGGCAACAGGGGUUUGGUUAUACUGAAUAAACUUGGAGAACAAACCUCAGUGAUCUACCGUUACGAUACAAUAGAGCUAUUUAAUAUUAAAGAUGGAGUAUGUCAAGUAUUAAAACUUAAUGAUAGUUCUGAGGUCAAUUUGUUUGGUUUUGACACAUCAGAUGGUACAUUUCAUAUUAAUUCUGCAGCCGAUGCUUUACGAUUUGGUAGUAAAUAUGGUCAGUAUUUUAUAAACAGAACUAUCUUACGUGGAAAACCAGUAAACCAUUGGCAAACGUGUUUCAAUUGGACCGAGGCAAGUUCAACAUUCAAAGCAGACUAUUAUUUCUCUGAUCCAUCAUGGAAUUCUUCUUCUGGAUUAAGUAUUUAUCCCGUACGUAUAGAGGUCACUGGUCAACAAACUUUUACUGACAAAGACCCCCGACAGUUUCACCAUAUUUAUGAUUACUACAACUUCAUAGCACCUGAUGGUCAGGAUCCACUACUGUUUGAGCCACCAUUAGGAGUGUAUUGUCCAGGAAGGUAUAAUUCAAGACCUCUACCAACAAUACCAAACCAUUUCUCAUAUCGUGAAAAUAUCAUCAGUUUAGAUUCUGUCUCACAAUAUGAUAGAACAUUAGAGAAUGGUAUAGUUUGUGAUGUAUGGAUAUCUGAAACUAGUGAAUUAAAUCCCACUGGCAUCGGUAUACCGGCUAACUGUACCAUAGAAACCUUUUUUAUUGUUAAAUCGUUUGAUUAUGCCAAUGAAUUAGGCACCAAAUGGGAUGUAGAUGCUAAUUUCCAAAUUCCAUAUCGAACUAUUGUUAGCAGUCCCGGGGUAGAUUAUAUUACCACCUAUGAUUAUACUAAUUAUAAUCCGAAUGAACCACCAAUAGAAGUAUUUGAUACGUCCGAUUGUUAUUCAGAUCAACAUAAACUCAGAAUACAGGUUACGUUUAAAGGUCAAUAUCACAGUGAUACAGAAGAUAAGAUUUUAAGAUAUGCCCAGUACACAAUUGCAGAAACAAUGGGUUUAUCACCAUUGCGAUUUCAACGAGUGUCUUUAGAAUAUGACAAUAGAUUUGUAUAUAUUAGUGGAACUAUAGUUGAUAGACCUCCAUCUGCUGCCCAGUUUACACUGGUGCCUGGUCAGGAAAUGGAGACAAUGGGUGAUCAAUAUUGGUCCAAUAUUACUGAUGCUGCUAGCUGUGCUGAUCUAUGUAUUACAACACCUGAUUUUGUCUGUAAUAGUUUCGACUUCUGCACAGCUGAUAAGAAAGCUUGUCAUCUCAGUAAACGUCACGUUACAGAUGGAUCUUUGGUUCUGAAACAGAGUGUUUGUAAUCAUUAUUCCAGAACAGUCAAUGUGUCAACUGUGGAUACAAAAUCUAUAGACUUAGCUUACAGUGAUCUGAAAGUACAACUGUAUGCUGGUGGAUUGGAAGUAGCUAUUAAUAAAGAUGAUGAGAGUGUGGAAGAUUUUAUGGCUGUGGAUACAAAGGUACUUUUUGGUUAUAGUGAACAGAUUCCAUUUCCAUCAAUAGCUAAUAGUUUUUCAUAUCGUGCUGAAGUGGUUAUACCAUCACAUAAAUAUGUCACAGAAGUCGAUGUGUUUUAUGAUUAUGAUUAUAAGUUGUUAAGAUAUGAUUAUAGAGGAGGAACUCCUUUUCCACCGUAUUAUUCAUUAUUUACAUUGACAACCAUACACGAUUUCAAUACAGGUUUAGCCUACGUUAUAGAUCAGGAAUAUUUGAACUGCACCGUUAGUCAAAUAACAGCCAAAGGACCUCUAGGUUUUGAUGCUGAAUUAGAUCCAAAAGCACAGAAAUAUUAUAAUGGUUAUGUCGUGGAUAUGAAGUCACCAUUGGAAUUCUUUGGCUUAACUAGUAGUUAUACGUUUAUUGGACAGAAAACAGUACGAGGUAUAUUAUGUGAUGUUUUUGAAGGUGAAGUCAAUAAUUUUAUACCACCUGGUUUAAAUGAUACAGUUAAAGCAAUCUUCCAGUACUAUUUUCAGUCAGGCAGUUGGACUACUAUAACAGAUGGUAGUACUGAUGUACCAAGGUCAAUGCCAAUUCUGUUAAAUGUCGUGACAGAGGAGAAUGGAUACACAAUGUCUUAUAAUAUUUAUGAUUAUAAAGAUGAACAUGUUCCGAUGGGAACAUUUAAUAUUCAACCCUGUUAUGAUGGUGGUCAACAACAUCGCUUUAUGAUAGCUUUUAAUCAGCCUUUCCAUCCUUACUUAGAAGUUAGACAAACUCUCUUUAAACAUGAAUCUCUGUUCAACUUGGCUCAGGUUACUGGUGUUUCACCAAUUAGAUUUCAAGACAUUCAACUAGAGUAUAGUUUUAGUUCUGUAUUUUUUACGGCAACUGUUCUUGACCAACUUGAUUUUAUCUAUCAAUUUAAACAAAUCACAGGUGGAAUACCAGUAGAGUAUAGUGAAGUUAAGAUAAAUGAUAUACAGUAUGCGCCUGAUUGUGCCUCACAAUGUAUAAACACUUUACAAAUUAUAUGUAAUGGAUUUGAUUUCUGUUCCAAGAAUACACAAUGUCUGUUACAUUCAGAUCACGUAUCUACUGUUACCACUGUUACUCAGAAAGCAAACCAAUGUACCCAUUGGUCAAGAUUAAUCAAUGGUACUGCACCAGGAAUAUCUAUGAGACAUGCCUAUGAUGUUAUCAAAGAUAUGGUUUAUAAAGGUUUAUUUAAGGUCACUGUUCCUCAACUAGCUGGUGAUCCAUUUGUUUAUACAGCAUCAAAUAUUAGAGAUGAUAUAAAUCAACCUUAUUCACCAAUUGCGACCGAAGGAAGUUAUCUAAAACAGUUCAAAGUAGUAUCAGGACACAAAGUCUUAAAGAAAUAUGUUGCUAAAGUACCGCAAACGGCUGUGGAUGAUUGUGCUACUAUUUGUGCUACGAUGGAUAAAUUUACUUGUCAGUCAUUUGAAUAUUGUUAUACGACUGGAGACUGUUCACUGAGUACAAUUCAUCCCGAUCAACACCCUGAAUUACUACAAAGAAAUGAUUUCUGUGAUCUUUAUGGCAAACAAUAUGUUAAAGAGUAUCAACAGUUUAAAGGACAAGUGUUGUCAACUCAAGCAGAUAAAAUAUUAGACAAAGUAACUACAACAGAAGACUGUGCAGCAUACUGCUCUAAAGAAUCUACUUUCUCCUGUCUAUCCUUUGAUUACUGUGCCAAAGAUCGAUCAUGUCGUUUGAGAAAAUCUCACAUACUUGAUAGUGGAUCGACCAUAACAAGUAGCACUACAUGUGAUCACUAUUCCAGAAAUUACGUAUUCGACUUUCAAGAUAAGGGCGGACGUCUAGAUGCCGAUCCAAAUGACGUCAUAAUAAAUUCGGCUACAUCUCAGUCCUGUGCCAAACUGUGUGUAGAUCAGUCUGGAGUACAGUGUAAUAGUUUUGAAUAUUGUGGUAAUAUAACUCAAUGUAGAUUGUCAUCCAGUGUAUCAAUUGGUUUUAAAGUAGAAAAAGAUUUCUGUGAUGUAUAUACAAGACCAAAAUCAUCAACAAUAAAUACUUCAAAUAGAGCAAAACCAAAUCUAACUUCAAAAGACAAAAAUAAUACAAGCACAGGUGCAAUAAUUGGUAUAGCGUUCGGAAUGUUAUUACCUGGUAUAUUAAUUGGUGCUUUAGGACUUUAUAUAUUCCAAAAACGAGAGAGAAAUUCCAGCCCGAUGAAUAUUCAGUUUAUAAAACACGAAGAUGAAUGA